AUGGACACACAGACUGUAGUCAAUGAUGUUGGCUCAAACAUACCUUCUAUUCCAUCUACUAUCGCACCUGAAUCUCUUUUUUCAACAUAUUCAAAUCCAAUCGUCACUGGCGGAGUUCCAGAGAAACUAGGCGCUUUUGAAUUCUCUCAUCUGGAUUUGAUCUGUCCCAUCAACGUGGAAGAUAUCAGAAACCGCUGGCUGAACCCUUUUAUCCCUGAUUCCGAUCAGGCAGUCAAAGAGUAUCCAAAAAGCGUCAGUGGCUUUAUAUUCCGAAUUUUGAAAUCUUACGCAGCCGUGGCUGCCCGUAGCCAUGCUACACUCCCUUUCAUCCACCCUUCACAAUUGACGGCAUCGAGCUCCCAUCUUGCCACAUGCCUAAGCCUGGUUCGAAUAAGCGAAACCCCUUUACCCGGAAGUGAAGAUGCUGCCGCCACAGCUCUCCAACGCGAAAUGGAAACUAUAGCGCAAGAGCAUGACAAUCAUAAUGACAUGUCCCUACUCGCUAGAUUCCAGGCCUACCUAAUAUACACCAUGGUUCUAUUCUUUCGGCUCAGGCAGGGACCGAGACCAUUCUUUCGCAGUGCCAUGAUGACUCUCCAGGAACUUGCUUGCUCCUCAUCCCGCGGAGGGUUAGUCUGCACGGCCGAUGCGACCCAUACACGUCCAAGGUGGGAAGAAUGGAUUGUGGCCGAGGCGAAGAGACGCACGCUGUACGUGAUGUACCUUUUCGACAGUGUACUCUCAGCUCAAGAAAGCCUCCCUACUUUUCUCGGCAAUGAACUACGUGGCCUGCCCGCACCAUCAAAUAAGUCAUUAUGGCAAGCGUGCAGCCGGAGCGAUUGGGAGAAGCAAUAUAACAUUUUUCUGGUUGAGUGGACAGGGAAAUAUCUCACUAUCGAUGAGCUUUGGCCUAUUCCCACCGAGUUGGGCGAUGCAGACAUUGUCCGAAGGCGAAGCAGGGUGGAUCAAUGGUUGGAGAAUCUCGAUGAAUUUGGGACUAUGACCUUUGCAGUAACGAGUUGUACGCAUGGUGGCUGA